AUGGCAGACCCUGCUCCCCAAAGCCCCAUGAAGCUUGUGGCCCUGCAGCUGCUGCUCUGGCUGGGUGCACUGUGCUUGGGAUGCGAGGCUGUGCCCCUGAACCCCACGAGUGCCCUGCUGCUGCCCCGGAGCUUCCUGCUCAAGUCCUUGGAGCAAGUGAGGAAAAUCCAGGCGGAGGGCACUGAGCUGCUGGAGAUGCUGGUGAGCCAGUGUACCACCUACACGCUGUGCCACGCCAAUGAGCUGGAGCUGCUCGGCCACUCUCUGGCUAUCCCGCGGGCUCCCCUGGGCAGCUGCUCCAGCCAGGCCCUGCGGCUGGAAAGCUGCCUGAGCCAGCUCCACAGUGGCCUCGUCCUGUACGGGAGCGUCCUGCAGGCCCUGGGAGGGAUUUCCUCAGAGUUCUCUCCCGCCUUGGACACGCUACAGCUGGAUGUCGCCAACUUUGCCACCACUGUCAGGCAGCAGAUGGAAGACCUCGGGGUGGCCCCUGAGGCGAAGCCCACCGCAGGCGCCAUGUGGGCCUUCACCUCUACCUUCCAGCGCCGGGCAGUGGGGGUCCUGGUGACCUCCAAUCUGCAGAGCUCUCUGAAGCUGGCAUAUGAAGUUCUGCGCUACCUCGCUGAGCCCUGA